UUUGUUGCACUUUCUAUACUUUGCUUUUAACUAAAGUGCAAGAAGGAGUAGUUGAUCACCAUGUGUUUGGUUUUUAUCUGUUGAAUUCAUUAUUAUUUAUCUUACGAAACGAUUAAAUAUUAAAAAAAUAUUACAAUGGGAAAAAAUAAGAAAACGCGUAAAGUCGUAAUGCAGAGAUUCGCUCAGAUGAAAAAGAUGAUUAGUCUAAGCGAUUCACGAAUAAAGCCGGAGAAACGAUUGCCAUCAAAGAAAACUCCGAAAGAAGAUAAGACUAAAAUAAAAAUUACAGAAGCACCACAGCAGUCCUCGGCAUUGUUUUUUCAAUAUAACACACAACUUGGACCACCGUAUCAUCUUUUAAUUGAUACAAAUUUCAUUAAUUUUUCUAUUAAAAAUAAAUUGGACAUUAUACAAAACAUGAUGGAAUGCCUCUAUGCAAAGUGUACACCAUAUAUAACAGAUUGUGUGAUGGGUGAAUUGGAGAAGCUUGGACAGAAGUAUAAAUUAGCAUUGAGAAUUAUCAAGGAUCCAAGAUUUAAAAGAUUACACUGUAUGCAUAAGGGAACUUAUGCAGAUGACUGUCUUGUGAACAGAGUGACACAACACAAAUGUUACAUUGUUGCAACUAAUGACAAAGAUCUAAAGAGCAGGAUACGAAAGAUACCGGGUGUACCAAUAAUGUAUGUGUCACAGCACAGAUAUACGAUAGAACGAAUGCCGGACGCAUAUGGCGCACCCAAGAAGUAGACAACUUUUUAUAUUAACAACUUAUAUUAACACAUUCCACGCCGUGCAAAUUUUAUGUAAUUUUAUCUACGUUGCAUCUAUGACAAUACAUGGUAUAAUAACACAUUUCUGUACACUGUACAUAAUAAUCAUAUAUCAUUUAAAAAUAUGAAGUAUUUCAUCAUUGAUAUUGUUUGUCUUGAUAAUAAAAAUAGAUACUAUCCGAAUGAGAAGUCUAAUACUACUUGAUAUCUCAGACGGCACAUGGAAUAUGUUAAUUUAUUAAAAUAACUUCUU